GAAGACAAGUGUACGCAUAUUCUGUAUGUACACACAAAAAAAACGCGUGUGUCCGUACAAAUGUUCACUUUCUGUCAGUUGAUAAGUUACCGUUAGCCUCCUGUUGUUUGCCGUCGACAUGGAUUUGUAUCACGUUUUGGAGCUGGUGGGAGAGGGCUCGUUUGGUCGUGUUUACAAGGGAAUGAAAAGAUUUACUGGCCAAGUGGUGGCGCUGAAGUUCAUGCCGAAGGUGGGUCGUUCUGAGAAGGAGCUUCGAAGUCUAAAGAGGGAGAUCGAGAUCAUGAGGGGGCUUCAACAUCCAAAUAUAGUCCAGCUCUUUGACAGCUUUGAGACUGAAACUGAGGUUGUGGUUGUAACUGAGUAUGCAGAGGGUCAGUUGUUCCAGAUUCUUGAGGAUGAUGGAAACUUACCAGAGAGCCAGGUCCGUGAGAUUGCCUGCCAGCUGGUCUCAGCUCUGUAUUAUUUACACUCCCAUCGCAUUCUUCAUCGUGACAUGAAACCCCAAAAUAUACUGUUGGGGAAAAGUGGGGUGGUGAAACUGUGUGACUUUGGGUUUGCCAGGGCCAUGAGCGUCUCCACCUUGGUGCUGACUUCUAUCAAGGGAACACCACUGUACAUGUCUCCUGAGCUGGUGGAGGAGAAACCUUAUGACCACACAGCUGAUCUCUGGUCUCUGGGCUGCAUCCUCUAUGAACUCCACACGGGGGCGCCACCAUUCUACACUAACUCCAUCUUCCACCUGGUGCAGCUUAUAGUGAGGGACCCUGUCAAAUGGCCAGACACUAUGAGCGACACCUGCACGAGUUUCCUGAAAGGUUUGUUGACCAAAGACCCUCAGAAGCGGUUGUCGUGGCCAGACCUCCUGCACCAUCCCUUUGUUGCUGAUGGUGUUCUAGUGCUGUCAGACGCAAGUGUUUUCAGCCCUCUGACAGUCACACCCAGCCCAGACAUGCUGGCGCUGAAACUUCAACAAGUGGCGGCGAAGACGGUGCCGACUUCUGGAGAGAGCAGAUUAUUGCGAAAGGCCAGGGAACAGAAGGACAACAGCAACAGAGGGAAACCAGUGGGCAGUGAUGGUGUGAAAAAAAAGAAGGAUGGAGUGGGAAAUGAAAGGGCCAACCCUGCCACGGCAGCAGCUUCCCCUAGAGCCAAGCCCCCCUCCAGUGACAUGUCUGUUACCUCAGGUCCUUCGAUCAUAACAGCUGCCAGUCAAAGCCUCAACCCCAAGAACCAAGCCCGCGUGAGACCAAAACACAGGGGUCAGAUCAGCAGGGACUAUGAACAGGAAUUCCCCUCUGUCGAGGUCGGACCCCGACUAGUGCGGAGAUGCAGUGAGGAUGAUCAGAGCACACUGCGCAGGCAGGAUGUUGACAGUGAGGACUACUGGGAGAAACUGGUCCAAGAAUCAGAUCCAAGCAAUCAGCAGAAAGAACCACUAAGCUGCAGUGCCAUCAUAUCUCAACUUAAAUCCAAGAUCCUGGCAUUUAAAGCUCAGCUAACAGGUGGCAUGGUUAAAGAAGCGUGGCGGAUUGACCAACCGCUGAAGGUCUUGCACAACCUGAUUCUGACCUCUGACCCUGAGAAGUCGCUCCACAUCGGCAGGGAACUUGGACUACCGCAUGUCCUUUUUGAACUGGUCCAUGAUACUGUGGAAAACUCGAAUUUCAUCAAGCAGCCAUGGAGUUUGCUAACACUUGGAGAAAUUAUUAUUGUGCUUGUGAUCUACUGGGAGAAGCACUGUGACUGGGUGAAAGAGGAACAUAGACUGGAAGAGUUCACCAAGCCCUUCAUCACAAUUCUGACUCAACCAAACUUCAUUCCUUUGGCACCUCUGGCUGCCUCCGUUUUGUCUCUGUUUACACAACACGAUGUUGAUGUCGAGGUUGAUAUGAACAAUCUAACCUCCUUGCUGAAAAACCUGCUUCUGGGCUCACAUGAGCCCCAGCUUUCUCUUCUCUCUGGAUGGGGACUCUGUGAUGGCCUUCUGUCUUUGCUGCUACACACACUCUCUGAGCAUAAAAAUGGCUCUGGAUCCUCAUGUUUAGAUCCAGUAGUUUUUCUGGAUCUUUGGAAAAGAAUUGGUUCUUCACUAGCAAAGACAACACCAGAGACUGACUUCUGUUCGGCAAAUGGGCUGUAUUCCUUUCUGUCGAUUGCGCUGUUUGUCCUCACCAAGGAUCCAUACUCGUGCGUUCCUCUGUUUACUGAGUGUGAAUCAAAAUGUGUGCACACUCUUGGCCAGCUGCUGGGCACUGACUGUCUUCAUUUGUUUGCUGCAGGCGGUCCUGAGAGACUCGAGGUGGAUGUGAGUCACGACGGCGUAUCCGUAUUGAGCUGCCAUUUGUUGUGCUUUCCGUUUGCCCUGGACCUGCCUUCCGACACCAUGUCUGCGAUUUUCCAGUUGUAUGACAGUUGUGGUGUUGUUGCAAGCCUCAUGCAGGUAAUUCAAACUCUUCCUCCUCUGCUACUGGAGCUGCCUCUCUCCCUGCUGAGCCGUUUGCUCCUGGGUGACCCCGGUCGCUCUGUUUCCCGCCUCACAAAAGCCGCUUGUGGCUUUUUCGCGCCACCCAGGAACAGCCAGCUCCCUGCCUCUAAACACCAGACCCUGCAAACCAGAACUGCCAGCUCGCUGCUCUCCGACUUGCUGCAGCUGGAUGCGCUGUGGGAUUCUGCCGUGGAGCUCCUAACUCUGUUGUCCCAAGUAGCCCGCUGUUGCCCUCAGCCUGCCCGCCUUCAGCUUCACCUGGAAGCCUCAGUGCUGCACCAGGCGCUGGCUCACUCUCAUGACCAGAUCAGGGCUGCCACAUGUAGACUUCUGGGAAAUUUGGAUCCAUUCAGGCCUCCUACACUGCACACCCUGCAAUCUGACAUUUUCAAAAGCAUGAUAGCAUGCCUUCAUGAUCCCUGCAUGCCUGUCCGGCGGACGGCUUGCUGGGCAGUCGGGAGUUGGUUGGGAUAUAUUGUGGCAGAGGCAGGGUUUAAAAUAGGUUGGUCCAAUGAAAAGGGCAGUGACACUACAAGGUGGGGCAGAGAGAAGGAACCAGAUAAACACAUGUGUUCACACAGAGAGGCAGCAGGAGAGUUGGCUACAAUACUAGAACAGGGAGUGGACGAUGAGGAGGAGCGCAAGUGGAUGGAGGAAGCCAGGAGGACGGGGGCCAUGCUGGCGUCUCUGAUCACUGACCCUGACGCCCUUACACGUCGUCACUGUUGUGCAGCCCUGGGAAACCUGGUAAAUGUUGAUGGCGCUGUGUCCUUGUUGUUGGAGGAAGACGUGUUCAGCUUGCUUCUGAGAGCUGCAUGCACAGAUUCCCAUAAUGCAGUGAGACAAGCUGCCAUAGCAACCCUGUGCCUGUACAGCAGGCAGGACGCAAUACGCCAGGUCCUGAUAUCCCUCGAUGCCAGUAAGAAACUUCUUCAGGCUUCACAACAUGCACCUCCACAGUGUGACUAUCAUCAGCUCAUUGGACGGCUGUAAGUGAGUCCAGUUCACCGGAAUAAGCAGAUUUAACUGCCAAGUGGAAAUAAUUCUCCUUCCUUCCUUACAAUACUACUUCCUCGUGUCUCAAGCAGUGCGGUGUGGACUACAGGCAAUAAUCAUAUCACAUCAUAUGUUUAAAAAAUUUUCUGAAGUUUGUAAGA